AACGUUCGAGGUGCUGUUGGGUCCGAUUUUGUUCUUUUGUUUUUUUUUUUUUCUGGGGUUUGAGUUCGCGCAAGAUCAUUUACGAUGUAGUGCAGUGUAAUGUACUUUUCUAGGGUACUUUGAACGGUGGUAGAUCGAUCUUUAGAGUUCCAGACAAGCUAGGUGGACGAUGGUAUCGCAUCAUCAUCGCAUGGCCAUCGGAGUUGGGGAUACUUCGGCCGCGAUACACUUUCACAAUGCUGGAGGGAUGGAGGUUGAUCUGUCGGUCAUUGGUUCGGAAUAAAAGAGCUGAUGCCUAUCUGAUGAAGAUCCUGUUAUUGUAUCUUGGACCUACUCUACAUAAGAAUAGGCUGCCGUCAACGUGUCCAUCCAUCAUCAUCAUCAUCAUCAUCAUGACAGAUGUCCAGGUGUCCAGGUGUCCAGGGCUGCGAUGGCUACACUGCCUAUUGGCCAAUCAGACCACAUGGGCUGUCCCGUCUCUCCGUGCAAUGCUUACAAACCCGGGGAUGAGAGGACACGUACGGACUCGACUUCAGUGCUGCUGCAAAUACACCGAUCCAUCCUCUGCAGUCCACACGACGGAAAAGCUCACAAGAAUCAUGCUGAUUGUGAUAGCUCACUGGUGGCUGCCUCUUUUCCUUUCCCCGGCAGCAGAAAAGCCGUUAGAAUCCGCAUGUGCGUGUAUGUACUUUCGAAUGUGUGACUGAAGCAGGGCCGGCGGGCCACGCGGCUGCAAUCCGUAUCGGCGGCGUAUCCGUCCAUGCCCGCGCAAGGGCUUCUUCGCAUCUCCAGUCGCAGUCCCCACCCGCGGGGAUAAAUUGUGGAUGCCACAAAA